AUCGGUGGGGGAAAAAAGCGGGUACCGCCUAUGUAGUGAACUGACGGCUACAUCUUGUGCUGCUAAUAUUGGAUAACAAUUUGGACAAAAUGCGAUGUUUUUGACGCUCGCCCCUUUUGUGCGAACUAUGAAGGAUAGACACAUUUAAUAAGGAGGGAUAUUUAUUUGUAGUUCACCGAUUGUUCUGUUUUUACCCAUUUAGUAAGUUUGCCCAGUCUGUUGGAGAGAUGGAGACUCUAAUUCCCACCAUCAACCGGCUGCAGGAGGUCUUCCUCACAGUAGGUGCAGAGGUCAUACAGCUGCCUCAGAUUGUCGUGGUUGGAUCUCAGAGCAGUGGAAAGAGCUCUGUGCUAGAGAGCCUGGUUGGACGGGAUUUCUUGCCUCGGGGAUCUGGAAUAGUCACAAGACGACCCCUCGUGUUGCAGCUAAUCAAUGUUGCCCCUAUGCAGGAGAGACUGAAGAUCGAGAGUGACAAUGGGGUUAAACAAAAUGCCCAAAACAGCUACCCAGGUGUCAAAGCUGAAGAAUGGGGUACAUUCAUGCACUGCAAAAACCAGGUCUUCACAGAUUUUCAGGAAAUUCGUCAAGAAAUCGAAGCAGAGACUGACCGCAGUUCUGGUGACAACAAGGGAAUCAGCACUGAGUCCAUAUAUCUGAAGAUUUUCUCCCCCAAAGUCCUAAAUCUAACUCUGGUUGAUUUACCUGGAAUAACUAAGGUUCCUGUUGGGGACCAGCCAGAGGACAUCGAGGCUCAAGUACAAGAGAUGAUCUUGUCCUUCAUCUCCAAUCCAAACUCCCUCAUCCUCGCGGUGUCCCCUGCCAACUCUGACUUGGCCACCUCUGAUGCACUAAAAUUGGCUCGCGAGGUUGAUCCAGAUGGUCGUCGAACAUUGCUUGUGAUCAGUAAGUUGGACCUGAUGGAUGCAGGGACUGAUGCUCUGGAGGUCCUUCUUGGUCGAGUCAUUCCAGUCAAACUUGGGAUUAUUGGAGUGGUGAACAGGAGCCAGCAUGACAUCAAUACCCAGAAGAGCCUGGAGGACUCAAUGAGGGAUGAGCAGGCCUUCCUGCAGCGCCACUAUCCCUCGCUCGCCUCCCGAGCAGGCUCACGCUAUCUAGCCAAAACUCUCAGCAGGCUGCUCAUGCACCACAUUCGGGACUGCCUGCCAGACCUCAAAACCCGAGUGACUGUGUUGAAUGCCCAGUACCAGACAAGGCUAAACAGCUAUGGCCAGCCUGUAGAAGACCACAGUGCCACCUUGCUGCAGAUUGUCACCAAGUUCGCCAGCGAUUACUGCAACACCAUCGAGGGGACAGCCAGAUACAUCCAGACGUCAGAGCUCUGCGGGGGUGCUCGGAUCUGUUACAUAUUCCAUGAGACCUUUGGCCGCACUCUGCAGUCCAUCGACCCCCUGGGAGGGCUGACUGAGCUUGAUGUCCUCACCGCCAUCCGCAAUGCUACGGGUCCGCGGCCAGCGCUUUUUGUGCCCGAGGUGUCCUUUGAGUUGUUGGUGAAGCGGCAAAUUAAACGGCUGGAGGAGCCCAGUCUGCGCUGUGUAGAGCUUGUUCAUGAAGAGCUGCAGAGGAUCAUCCAGCACUGCUCAUCCUUUAGCACGCAGGAGCUUCUGCGAUUCCCCAAACUGCACGAUUCCAUUGUGGAAGUAGUGACUGGAUUACUGAGGAAGCGGUUGCCGAUUACUAAUGAGAUGGUACACAACUUAGUAGCAAUAGAGCUCGCCUACAUCAACACAAAACAUCCAGACUUCACGGAUGCUGGGCAGGUCUCAGCAUCUGUCAACAGUCAGCAGGCAGAGGCCCUUGAUGGAGGAAAGCGCUGGAAGAACGACAAGUUUGCAGAAGAGAAAGCACCGGCUACAGGCUUCGGCAGCCCCAGCAAAGGCCAGGCCAUUAACCUCCUCGACACAGCAGUGCCCAUAUCCCGCAAGCUGAGUGCGAGGGAGCAGAGGGACUGUGAGGUCAUUCAGCGCCUCAUCAACUGCUACUUCCUCAUUGUCCGUAAAAGCAUCCAAGACAGUGUGCCCAAGACAGUGAUGCACUUCCUGGUGAACUUUGUGAAAGAGCAUCUGCAGAGUGAGCUGGUGGGUCAGCUUUACAAACAGCCACUGCUGCAGGAACUGCUCAUUGAGUCACAGGACACGGCACAGCAGCGGACUGAGGUUGCUCAAAUGCUUGAGGCACUCAAAAAAGCCAAUAACAUCAUCUCUGAGAUCCGGGAGACCCAUCUGUGGUAGCCAGAGGAAAUGAACAAUUCCCUUGUCAUACGACAGCUUUGAGAGUAUGAGAGUGUGUCUGUGUGUGUGUGUGUGUGUGUGUGUAAGUUUGCAGCACUGAGAGCAACAGUGUGUGAGUAUGCGUUUGUCUAUGUGUGGCAGUACCUCUGUUUUCUCAUGGACCAACGACCAUAGCACAUUUAGAUCAAUGUUUCUCCCUUCAGCUGUCGCCCUGACCAGUACACUGGGGCUGUUUCUUUUCACUGUGAACGUUGUGUAGUGACAGAAAUUAAUUAAACACUCAGGCCAAAAGUGUUGUUGCAAAGACACAGCCGCGAACAAAAUCUUUCUGUGACAAAAUGUUUGUUGGGUCAUUAUAUUGUUGCUGUAAAUGUAAAAGGUAAAUCGUAUGUGCAUAUGAGUAUUUAAGUUGUGUUCUCCAGGGUUUUUCUUUUUGGAUCAAAAUGUGUUCACACUGUACGGUUUCAAAUUGGGCUUCCUCUGAGCCCCUUCAGCAGGUGCUAAAAUUAUGUUAGAUUAGUUGUGUUCCAACUUAAAUCACCUUCGUUGGAGCACUCAGCAGACAAAGAAAUGAGGUGAAAAUCCUACUAAAUCAAUGCCGACUGCAAUGCAACAAUAAAGACAGAGCACAGUCAUUACUGGAUGAAUGCAGAUUGUUUUUCCCGCGCUGUUGUGCUAAUCAAUAUCAGGUUUGUUUUCCAGUCACAUUUACAUAUCAGCUCAUUAUUGAGCUUUAUACUGACUUUCUAGUUUAGUGUGAAGUCAUAAACCAAGAGACCAAAAAAAUCCCAACAUUUCUUUUCCUGUAUUUCUAUUAGGUUUUGUAGGAGAUUCCUUUAGUAUUUGUGCAUAUAAACUAUAGUAUUUAGAAAACAGAGAUGAAUCAUAAUGUAUAAGAAUAUUCAAGAGAUUGUGUUACAUGUGUAGGGUUCUCCAUCCUUUGUUAGUGUUAAAAUCCAGAUGGAAGGACGGUAAUGUUCUGCAGCUUCUCCUCAUUUCCUUGAAUCAGUUGUUCACUGGUUUCCACUGUUAAUGGCACAGAGAGAUAAGAUAGAUCCCUAUCAUUGUCCCUGCCCAUUAGUGAGGAUACUGCCCCAAGAAUAAGACACUCAGUAUGCAGCUAACUCCUCCUGCAUGUAGUUUAUUCAUCUUUUUCCUUCUUUUCCCAACAUAAAUUUCUCUUGAGGCAGCAUCUCCCUCUCAAGUGCUGCAGCGAUUAAUGUCAAAACAAAUAUAUAUAGUAUAUCCUGAAAAUUAGACUUUUUUCUACGAAGACCUGUCUUAAUGGGACUAUCAAACUCCUCACACAGCACAACAUCCUGUCAGUCUGUCUUUUUAAAAGCCCUGUCCGAGUCUGCAUGUGUGUGUUCAGUAUGCAUGUGCGUACGUAUGAAUGACCUAUUUAUGUAUAUUUUGUAUUAUUUAAAAUGUAUGUUAUCAUGAUUAUCAUGCGUCAACUGCCUCUGAGUUCUUGCCUGCCAAUGUUUGUGGUACAUGUUUACUGAACUAGGCCUGUUGAGGUCGGACGGAUUCAAUAAACCCUAACAAAGGAC